UGGUUGAGGUAUUUCCGCCAGUAAAGUUCCGCGUUGAUCAUGGCGUCGAAAGAAAUUUCUUGCGUCCUUUUCGUCUUUCUCUUUAGUUUGGGAAGUGCUACAUACUGCAGUUACUCGAGCGAUUGUGGGUGGAGUAAAACCUGUUGUUCAGACAACGUCUGUAGAGAGAGGUGUUACUAUUGCACGCACAGUAGUGAAUGUGGUUCGGACGAAGUAUGUUGUAACAACGAAUGCACGUAUUCGUGUGUUUGGGGCGCUGGGUCUAUUGCAGGCGCUAUUAUCGGUACAAUUAUCUUCUUCGCCAUCAUCAUUUCCAUCGUAUCCUGCUUCUACUGUGCUUGUUGCCCGUACUACCGCUAUCGUACACCCGGUGCUGUGGUCGUCACCCAACAGCCUUAUCAACCCUUCGUCUCAACUCAUACCCAUGUGGCGAUGACGCAGCAAGUACAGGCUCCUCCGCCGGUCAACUACAACCAGCCUCCUCCACCUUACCCAAGCUACCCUCCACCUUCAACUCAGCAUCCCCCUCCUCAAGGACAAGCUCAAGCCGGAGCGAUGCCUGCUGUUCUCAGCGCUGCCCAACCAAGGAAGUACUAACCCUUUGUACGAGACAACCACGUGCGCCCGCUUUUUUAUGAAUGCUUUGAAACAAGAAACUUCAUUCCUAUAAAACCUCCGUUUCGUUGAAAAGCAAAACGACUAUUGCUGAUUAGUUUUAAGCUAAGUAUUGUAACAAUUAGUAGUAAAGUUUCUAGAAUUUGGUAAGAUUUUUCACUGAAAUAGCUUUAAAAACUUUUGGCAUACCGCAAAUAAUUUAUGGUAAUUAUGGUUCAGCUCUGUUAUCUAAGCUCCUCAUUUGUGUAAUGUGCAAAUUUGUAUUGGCUUGUUGAAUUAAUGGCACAUUUUCCGACGCCUCCACAACCGUGAAAUGACGUUCGGUCACGGAUGGUCAUCACUGCUCGCCAUCGCAGCAUAACUCGUGGACAUAGAAUUGUCCUUGUUUCUUUCGUUUUUUUAGGCCUUAACUGCAUUGAAGUCUUUCUGAAAAUGAAACAAGUAAUUCCAUUUUCAUUAGAUAUUUUUUAACUUUUCAUGUGGUGGAAAACCAAAAGUUAUUCUAAAAGAGCGUAAGGUGCCAUUGUUUAAGGGUUUAAUUUGUCACAUAAUCAUAUUUAGGGGCAGAUGACCGUUUAGACUUUUAGCCCCCUACGAACAGUCGCUUCUAAAAUACUCAAAAAAUAUAUGAAAACCGUAUAUAUGAACUUCGUAUUGGGCCUCGCUCAUCAUAAAGUCUCUGCUGCUCAAUAGUAGAGCGUCGGAGCGCGGAAUCCGAAGAUCUGAGUUUCGAUUCCUCAUGGGGUUCAGAAUUUUAUCUUUGUGCCACGCUCGUGACAAGACGAAAAACAUCUUUCUCCAGGAUGAUUCACCAAGCUCUAAGUCGCAAGCUCACCUCACCUUAGCGAUUAUUUUUGAAAUCUAGUGUCAAUCUAAUCUCUUAAAUGCGGUUAAAUUCAUGUCAUUGGAGUUUCAUCAAUCUAUGAUGUUUUUUUCAUUUAAGCAGUUCAUUUCAGAAUAUCAUAUGUCAUAUUUCUUCUGAUAUUUUCUUGCACAUUACCAAAUGUGUCUCCAUUUGUCAGAAUUAGAGUGACGACUUCAAAAAUUUUUAAUAACAUGACUUAAAUAGUGACACUGAGAAACUACUUUGUGUUGGUUCACAGAAAGUUUAAGUCAUCAAUAGCUGUGUGGUCAUUGGAAGUAUACAGAAGGUGAAAUACAAAGUGAUUAAAUAGCUUUGUAACACACUUCAUUUUAAAACAAUUUGUAAUACUGAAUAUUUGAUAUCUUAAAUAGCUGGUGUAUCUACAAAUACUCAAGUUGACUUUCUGUACCUGGUACGAGAAAGCAUUCUUAGAAUAUUGUAGAAAAAUAAGCAUCUUGUGCAAAAUAAAGGAUAAGGGCUCGUGGUUUUA